AUGUUGGCCUCAAAACAUGUUGCUUUGAGCUUACUAUUUUUUUGCCUCUCCCUCCACUUGGCAAAUUGUGCUCUUCCCUUGCACCAUUUCUGCUUUAGCCAUGAAGACUACACUGCCAAUAGCCCUUAUGCUUCGAACAUGAAAGGGUUGCUCAAUCUUUUGUCCACAAAAGUUCCUCCAACCGGGUUUGGGCUCUGCUCAACGGGCGAAUCGCAAAACAAAAUAAGUGGUCUUGCCUUAUGCCGAGGUGAUGUCUCAAGCACAAACUGUAAGACCUGCGUUGUUGAUGCAGGCAAAGAGCUUCGCAGCCGCUGUGCUUACAGAAAAGGAGCAAUAAUAUGGUACGACAACUGCCUCCUAAAGUAUUCCAACAUAGAUUUCUUUGGAGAAAUUGAUAACAAAAACAAGUUCUACAUGUGUAACGUCCAAGAUGUUGACAAUCCCACAUCGUUUAAUCCAAAAGCUAAGGAUUUGUUAAGCAUAUUAUCCUACAAAGCUUCUGAUAUUCCAAAGGUGUAUGCUGCUGGGGAGCUAGAGCUUGGUUCAUCACUAAAACUAUAUGGCUUGGCUCAAUGCACUCGGGAUCUUUCUGGUGUUGAUUGUAUGAGGUGUCUUUAUGGUGUGAUUAGUGAACUUCCCAACUGUUGCAAUGGAAAACGCGGUGGUCGAGUUGUGGGUGGGAGUUGUAAUGUUAGAUAUGAACUUUACCCCUUUGUUGAUGGAGCCUAGGCUACCAUGAUUUUCUGAUAUUUGUGCAUCAAAAUGUGUGAUGUACUAUGCUAAAAAGUAAAUAAUUGUCCAAUGGGACUACUUCUAUACGUCAAAGAAAUAUGAUAAGUGCAUAU